AUGAUUAAAAAAGUCAGUUGGGUAAUUGAAAACGCUUGGUCAUAUAUUCUCAAUCUAAAGGAAAUGAAUGUGGUUUUUUCAGAAGAAAAUAAAACCUACAAAGUAAGACUUGCAGUUGGUACAAAGAAUGAUGAUGCAGUAUGUAAGAAAAAUGGUUUUGAGGAAUACAAAACUGUGGAGAAAUUGAUUACUGAAGUUGCAAAUCAUGCCUCAUUCUUUUUUAGAGACAACUUCUCAGUACAGGAUGUCAAAAGAAUCACCCAACAAAUCUGUAUUAAGGCUGGUAUUCCUUUUGAAGAAAAGAAGCUCAAGAUUGUUGAAAGACCUGCUAAUCUUUUUCAUAACGUCCCAAAUAUUGCUUACUACGACACAAACAACAGAGAUAAUCUUAAAAAAUUUAUUGCAACCUCUAUGGUUGGCUUUGGUUUAAAGUCCUAUCCAAAACCAGUAAGAAUCCAAUUUACAUCAACAGCUGAAUUUCUUAGCAAAAAAUAG